GGUCGUGCCACUGUAUUACUAGGAAGAUUUGAUAUCGUGGGCUUCACAUGGCGAUUUGGGUUUGCGAUUGCUUCAACGAUCAUACUUUCGCUUCUUUAACUAGUAACUUUUCUUCUCUUGUCAGGGAAUUUUAGGAUUAGUCAACAUGACAUUUGCAAUGAUGCAUCACUUCGUUGUCCCAUUUUGCGUGCUUUUUUGCUAUGACUUUUUGUCCCCAACUUCUUGCCAUUUCUCCAGUUCCUUUCCCCUCUCCCAACACGACUCCCAGAAACCAUACUUCACAUGCAACCAAAAGCAUGAAGCUAUUCCCACAUUCACCUUUAUCUCCAACCUUCAACCUCCCAUUACAACGCCGUGCUUACGCCCGUCGCUCCGCCCCCACCACCCUGUGAGGGCUCCUACUCUGCCACCCAGCCUCCUAUCGUCAAAAAGUAUACAGUGCACUUUGUCGUCCUGCAGGCGUUACGGACUCAUGCAGUCAGCAAUCGCUCCCAUUCGGGAAGUUAUGGUUCCCCAUCGUCGUUGCGACUUCGCGAUGCAGCAUCACGACACAGUACGAAGAACAGUCAAAUCGUCAAUGGGGAAAUAGUCAGCAAGCAGGCUCGCCUUAUGGAGCUCGGCAUUUCAGGGCACCGCCGCGCACCAUUCGCAAAGAUCCGGAAACUAAGAGGUUGUGGUUACGAUGAGCGAGAAGGUCGUAUCCCGUUUUACUUUGGC